AUGGCACCCCCAUUCCCGCGGGGCAGGGAACGGCGGCACGCCCCAGGACGCGGCCUCAAAACCCAGUUCCGACCCUUUGGAAAUGGCGCUGGGCAGCGCAUCUGUGUCCUGACGCCCAGGUUCAAGUACGUCCUCGUCAACAUGUCCACAGGCUUGGUCCAGGACCAGACCCUGUGGUCGGACCCCAUCAGCACCAAACAGCCCGCCCCGAGCUCCGCCAUCGACACGUGGCCCGGCCGGCGCAGCGGCGGCAUGAUCGUGGUCACGGCCAUCCUGGGCUCCCUGCCCUUCCUCCUGCUCCUGGCCUUUGCCGGCGCCGUCGCCUCCAGCCUGGUGGGCACGGGCGAUGCCGGCGGGGAGACCACGCACGACUCCCAGAUGGUGCAGGAGGCCGGGCCCAGGCCCCUGGGGGCCCCGGAGCUGUCGCUGCCGCCUGCACACCGGGGGCCGGCACUGGACCGGGCAGGGGCGCAAGCCGGCAAGCUGCAGGCCUGAGCGGGGCACGCGCACCCCGCGCACACGCACACGCACACACGUGCUCACGCAGCACGCAACGCGCCCACAGGCCGGCCCAGCUGCAGAAGCCGUAAUAAA